ACACAGACUGGUUCUGUCUUUUCACCAGCGCACAGAGUGUGGCUCUCCAACUCGGCUAGAUGAUGAACUAAGUGGCAGCAGCAGCAGGUUUAGGAAGCAAAAGGACAGGAAAAAGACACACACCCGAAUCUAAAGACUGGGUGAUGUGAAAACUUGGAGAGAUCCUUUUUGUGCCGAGCAGGCAGAAGUGAAGUGAAGAAGCAGAGGAGUUUUUUGUGCCUGCUGGUGAUCUCGCUGGCCAACAGAUGACCGACUUCUAAAAAGUCCAUCGGAGCUGUCCUGGCAGUUUUUCAGCUCGAGGCUUCGUGCAUCAUGGCUGUCUCACCGCCCUCCUCCAAACUCCUGCUCUUACUCAUCAUUUCCUCCCUGGGCUGGUUUUCCACUCCAGGAUCAGCGUUUAUCACGGACUGGGACCACAUGACAUCAUCAGCUCCCCUUGAACCUCAUUUCACAGAGUGCAUAUCAAGGGAGCAGAAGACAUUCCGCUGUUGGUGGAGUCCAGGCAAGUUCCAAAACCUGUCCCACCCUGGAGCACUAAGAGUCUUCUACCUCAAAAAAGAGCCUCAUCACCAACUAUACCCAGAGAACUCUUCCACUGAAUGGAAAGAGUGUCCAGAGUAUAUCUUUUCAAAUAGGGAGUGCUUCUUUGAUGUCCACCACACAUCUAUUUGGAUCCCCUAUUGCGUGCAGCUGCGCAGUCAGGACAACACCACCUAUUUUGAUGAGAACUGUUUCACCGUGGAGAACAUUGUACGUCCUGACCCCCCAGUGUCUCUAAACUGGACCCUACUGAACAUAAGUCCCUCUGGGCUAAGUUAUGAUGUCAUGGUCAACUGGGAGCCGCCACCCUCUGCAGAUGUCAGAGCAGGCUGGAUGCGCAUUGAGUACGAAAUCCAGUACAGAGAGAGAAAUUCCACAAACUGGGAAGCAUUGGAGAUGCAUCCGCACACCCAUCAGACAAUCUAUGGUCUACACAAAGGAAAAGAGUACGAAGUGCACAUCCGCUGCAGGAUGCCAGCCUUCAUUAAGUUUGGAGAGUUUAGUGACUCCAUCUUCAUUCAAGUGACUGAGAUUCCCAGCAAAGAGCCUGCUUUUCCACUCAUACUGGUAGUUGUUUUCGGGAUUGUGGGCAUCCUCAUACUCAGUAUGCUGAUUGUAAUCUCUCAGCAGCAAAGAUUAAUGAUGAUUCUAUUGCCACCAGUUCCUGCACCCAAAAUUAAAGGCAUUGAUCCAGAGCUGUUAAAGAAGGGAAAGCUGGACGACCUGAAUUUUAUCCUGACUGGAGGAGGUAUGGGUGGAUUGCCCACUUACGCACCAGAUUUCUACCAAGAUGAGCCAUGGGUGGAGUUCAUCGAGGUGGAUGCAGAGGAUCCAGACUCUGGGGAAAAGGAGGACAACCAGGGCUCAGACACACAGAGGCUCCUGGGUGUGUCCCAGCCUGUCAGCCACCAUAUGCACAUGGGGUGCUCCAAUGCCAUCAGCUUUCCUGACAAUGACUCAGGUCGGGCCAGCUGUUAUGACCCAGAUGUGUCAGACCAGGACACCCUACUGCUGAUGACCACCCUACUGCCAGGCCAGCCUGAGGAUAGAGAAGCCUCCCUCAAUGUUGCAGAAAGACCUAUUGGCUCAGAGAGAGGUGAGAGGCCCCUCAUCCACACCCAAACCGGAGGGCCCCAGACUUGGAUCAACACAGACUUCUAUGCCCAGGUCAGCAAUGUUAUGCCAUCUGGAGGCGUUGUACUGUCUCCUGGGCAGCAACUCAGAAUCCAGGAGAACACCUCAACCACAGAGGAGGAAACACAGAAGACAGGAAAAGAGAGAAAAGGAAAAGAGGAGACUGAUGAAAAGAAGCAGAUGGAUCAGCAGUUUCAGUUGCUGGUAGUUGAUCCCGAGGGAAGCGGUUACACCACAGAGAGCAAUGCCCGGCAGAUCAGCACUCCCCCUAGCUCCCCCAUGCCUGACAAGGGCUAUCACACCAUAGAACUUCAGCCAGUGGAGACCAACCCCGCAGCCACAACAGAGGAUAAUCAAUCACCCUACAUUCUUCCUGACUCUCCCCAGUCCCAGUUCUUUGCCCCUGUUGCAGACUACACAGUGGUACAAGAGGUGGACGGUCAGCACAGUCUGCUGCUCAACCCACCUCCCAUCCAGUCUCCCCCUCCCUGUCUGCCUCAGCACCCCCUCAAAGCCCUACCUGCCAUGCCUGUAGGAUACAUCACCCCAGACCUGCUGGGGAACCUCUCACCAUGAAGUGACAAUGCCAUUAGGCCCUUAGGUGUAAGGUUGAUUGUCCAGGAAGUCCCCCUGCAGUCACAAAGCCUGUGUCUACCUGAUUCCUUGCUGGAAACCAAAUAACUUGCAGCACACAGUAUGGUUAAGAAUGUGCAGGUGUUUUGUUUUCAGAGGGUGCUGAAAAAGAGAUGUGAAAAGCUGCAAGCUGUAUCGCUGACUGUUUUACAUCUGCAAUUACAUCAGUUAAUUUGAUGCAGAGGUAGCCAAAAGUAUCCAUCACAAACCAAAUGCACAGUUUGUUCUUUUUUUUCAUGCACAAGACAGACAAGGAUAAUAGGCUGAGACUAUGAUUAUAAUGAGUCAAUACGCAUCAGCUUGCUGCUAACCUGCCUUGGAUCUCAUUACAUCUCUGGUUAACUGUGUUUUAGGGCAAUGACAGUGUUAAAGUCUUAAUCUUACAGAGAGAUGUCAGUGUAUGUCAAUUGGUAGAAAACAAGCACAUUGUAGUCAUGUUUUUACUCUGCAGUUGUUGAUACCUCUUGCUGGCAGAGGUUUUCCAUCAAUUAAUUGUCACCUAAAAAUGCUUGGUGGCUUGUUUUGUAUUCUUAAAUUUCUUAGCUCAUCAUGCCAUCAGUAUUUCACUAGAGAUAUAUUUUUAUAUGAAAGAUAUUAGCUAUCCACCCUAAUACACUGCUAAAUCACAGCUAUGCAGAUUCACCUUGCAUUCCUGGCUUCAUUUUGUUCAGUGGUAUACUUUUCAUAUUCUCAUGAAUAAGUGGCCAGACAGAUUAUAUGAUGUCAAGACAUUUUGCUCCACAGCUGCAAUAGAGUUUAACACAAGAAACACUUUGAACAACACAGUUGCGCACACACUGACAUACAAAUACACUAACAAACAAGCAGUACCAGAAGAGUCCUUAUAUAUAAUAUUGUUAUUUUAUCUCUUUCACUCCUUGGGAAUGUUGACAGGAAUUCAAGGAUAUGAAAGAAAUCCCUAACUGAAGUAGAAGCACAGGAGACAAAGGGAAAUUGCAACGCAAUCUGGAAUGCAUAGAACAUUGCAGGCUGAUUAUGCAUACAAGAGUGUCCCAGAAUUUUUCUUUAAUCUGGGUUUAUUUAUUUUUUAUUUUCAUUUCAUUUUUUACAUGCAUAUAAAGAACCUGCAGCGCUGAACAGCUCUAGCACUAAGGGGAAGGUCUCUUCCUGAUUCAUUUACAGCUAGGAGCUGCUCAGUGCAAACUGUGCUGUAAAGCACCACUAAGUGCCUUGCUCAUGGGCACAUUAGAGUACAUAUUUAGCAGAAGGGAAGAGGACACAGACACACAGCUGGCACUUCAGUAAAACCAGGUAUUGCAACACAUCUUGUAACAGCAACCAAGUCUCACCUUUACAACCAACACUCACUCAUAAUCUAUCACUUAGACUUAAACUUUAAUUUGUAGGCUUGGGAGUUAUAUUUGUCUCAUGUUGCAUUUUUAUUGCAGCGAAAGCAACUGGAAUAAGUUGAAAGAAUGUGAAAGUGUGUAAUAGCUGUAAUUAGCAAACAUUUUAUACUUAUUGUCUGCCAAGUGCAGUGUUAACAAGAUGUGCCUAUGAUUGUGUUAUUGGCUUGCCAUUUCUGUGCUAAUCUAUGUUUACAUUAUUAGGAUUUGUGCAUUUAUGCAUUGCUAUGUACAGGCAAAUACUGUAUAGGUGAAUUGAUAUAAAGCUCCUCAGUGCAGAGAACACAUAUAAUAUGCAUAUACUACAGAAAAAAACUUCUUUUAAUUGAUAUUAAAUUUACAACCCCCGAAUGUUCUACUGUCAGUGCUAGUACUGACCUUGAGGUCCAAAUUCUGGUAUGUCAGGGUGGAUAGAUAUUAAAAAGUUUCUCUCAAACCUGAGACACUUACACCAGGUGAUGUAUGGUCAAUUAGGCAUGUGAUACCUAUUUCCCAGUAUGUCAUAGAAUACCUAAAUUUAGGACAUUAUUUCAGCAUAAUAUGUUACAUAAUUAAUUAUUUUCUCACAUUUACCAUAUACUAUAAGCUUGGCCUUAGUUAAUUGAAAGUGUAAGCUUUAAUAACGGCCUGUGGUUGAGAAGAUGGCAGAGGAGACUUGUUAUGGUUUUAUGCUCCUCAUAUUUUUUCAUCCUAUAAAAUAUCACAAAGACAACAUGCCUGUGACAAACAUAAGCAUGGCAUACAAUAAGCUAUCCAAGCUAAGGUUGAGGUUGUGCAUUAUGCAUGCAUUGUGAUACAAAACAUUUAAUUUUCAUUUCAACAAGUCUGUGAUUGAGUCAUAAGAAUUGUUAUUGUAUAGCAUCUAGGUAGCCUUCAAAUGAGCACAUCUCACGAUAAAGAAUACUAUAUAUUGUAAAGGAAAUACAUCCUGCCUUUGUAUUAUAUUGUUUGGACUUGUUCUUGAGAUAAGCAGGCUGAAAAAGAUAUAAAGGAUAUUUUGUACCAGACAAUCCUGAAUGAACAGAGACAAAGAAAGAGCCAUAAAAAUGUGAAUAUGAUGAAUAUGUGCCAUUUCUCUCUUUCUGUAUCUCUCCUUCUCUUGAAAAGCUCAGUGUGUCGUUGUUGCUGCCUAGUGCUGAUGAUACCAGCAAGUCAAUGCUAUUGCAGAAAUGUCUUAAUAUAUUUACUAUAGUGCUGUAAAAUUACAAGUAUAUAUUUUUAUGUAAUUAAUGUUACUAAUCACAAUAUACUGCUGCUCGGUACAUGUAUUUUUCCUGCAUUCUGCCUUACUGUGGUGAGGAAGGGUCCUUCAAGAGAGUGCAACGAUCACUGUAUUGUGUAUAAGGGUUAAUGUUUGUUGGUAAAACCUGCAAAAUGGAUGAAACUGAUCCCUGAAAAAUGGUCUUUGUUAAACUGGAGGAUUUGGCACAGUUAUCAAUUCAACCAUGAAUAGAAACACUAGCAUAGUUUUUCCUUAAACUAGAGAUGCAAUACAGUCGACUGGUGAUCCCCAUGUAACUCUCACACCCAUUCAAAGAUCCCCAGAAGCUUCUCCGUGUAUAUGAAGGAAGAUAGGAUGGGGAAAACACUGUUAAGUUUCUGUUUCAGUUGUACCAUGGUGAUUGUGAAUGUGUGCAAACUGGAAUAUACAAGGAAUUUAUGAUAUUGAGGAAAAAUUUUAUUUAAAAAAAGUGUUUCUAAGGUUACAGUAAAGAAGAAAAAUUGGGAGGUGCUUUUGUUCAAGCUUACAGGUGUUUACUUCAUUGUGUCUGCAAUGGGGUUUUUUUGUUUGUUUUGUUUUAUUUUGGAUUUUUGUUUUGUUUUGUUUUUGCCAAUUCACAAUGAAUUCAUUUUUAAUGUAGUGUAAACGUUUGCAACUGUAUUAAUGUUAAAGACACUUCAGAGCAAGCACUUUGUACACACACACACACACACACACAGACACACACACACACACACACACAUAUAUAUAUAUAUAGUUUAUAAGAUGUUUAAAUAGUGUUCAGAUUUUGUAUCUCAGACUUAAUCAAGUCUAUGAAUGACCUGUUAUAAAACAGUAUAUGUUUUUUUUUAUUCAGCACAAUAAUCGGACGAUGAGGAAACGUCAAUAUCAAUAAGCUUCAAUUUUGUUCUACAGACUUUAUGUUUAUAGGAUGUAUUUUACACUACCAGAUUGAUAGAAUGAUGUACUGUAAUGGAGUAUUUAAUAUUUGCUAGAAGAUGUAUGGAUAGAAAGAGCAGAUAGAUGUAGUCUAUUAUGGAGUCAUAUAAAAAUAUAGUCAGAGUGCAGUAGUUAUACUGUAACUAUACAUUCUUACAUUUCUCCAACUAUGUGAUUUCAACAUUUCUUUAUUGAAAGGGGCUAAAAAAUUUAUAAUUUUGUGUUUUAGCCUCCAGCUUCUUGGUUUUGCGUCAGUGCAAGAGAGGCUUUUGUCGCUUUUUAAGCCUGGAAAUAAUCUUGAGUGCUGGAAUUUGUGCUGGUUGUAACUCUCUAUCAACAUAGAGUUUUCAGCCAGACAUUUUUUGGCUUUUUGGGAAAAUAGUUUUAUUCUUGACUUGAGUACUGCGGUUACAGCCUGUUUUUUUCUGACUAAGUUCAGUGGCGCCAAUCUAUAUUUCUAUCUGUGUGUAAUUUAUUUCUCUGCUCAGCGUCCUCAGACCACCCCACCACCUUAUCUGACCGCAUUGGAAGGGGCAGCAUGAGUAAUGUGUGCGCUGGUGUUCUCUGACAUGUGUCAUUCAGACUCAUAAAACUGGAAAUAUUCCACAUGUGCAGCUGUUUGUACACGUGCAAACGGCUGCAUUGCGGUCACAAGUUUGACAAGAUCGGUUUCAUAAUUUAUCACAAUGCAUUGGUAUCAUGAAUUAAUAUGCUCUUUAAUUAAUAUGAUUUUCAAGUUUUCCUGAACACCCCCUCUUAUCUUAUAUCUUAUGUCGUGGAACCACUGUCCUAGUCUGCUGGCUGCUGUUCUGCUCAAGACCAAGAACUGUUGUAAUUUUUCGAUGAUUUGAUAUUGUUCCCUUCCCAUUUAAGCCUUUCUGGUGUUGUAUGUGUGAUCAAUAAGCUUUCAACAAGUUACACAAUAAAUGUAUACAGCAUCUUAA